UUUAUAUUGUCUUUAAGAAAGACUUCGACCUUUAGGUAUCAAAAUCGGAAAAGAAGAAUUGGAUAUGUUCACUGGAUGUCAAGUAUGCUUUUACAAGAAUACAAGGUUAAACAAUUGUUCCUACGUACCCUGUAAAGAAAAACAGAAUGUCAAAUUACUCUGUAUACAGAGAGACCAAGAAAACGAACUAGAUCCAUCGUCCCAAACGAUAGGUACUCUGCACACAUCAACACAUAUUACGGAUUUCGGGAGCCAUGAAAAAACACCACCAACAACAGUAUCGUCUACAAAUAAUACAACAGAAAAUUUUAUGAUGUUAUCAUCAACAGAAAGUACAACUGCAGAAACAAUCAAUUUAAACGAAAAAAGUGAGGACGCAUUACACAUGAUCCUUCCAGUAGCAAUUGCUGUGAGUGCCCUUGCUGUUAUUUUUGCGCUGAUUUCCAAAUAUGUGUGUCAUCGUCAUUUAAAAAAACAAACCAGCUUACAAAAACCAAAAUCAAGAAAAGAACAUAGUGAAUGUAGCACCAGAAGUUCUAAUGUUACAAGAAUUACCAAUCACUCUUAUAAUACCAUAGAACUUCAAGAACAGGGAAAUCGAUCGUCUAUUCCGGAAGACAAAUUAGAAAGUCCCUUCAUGGAAGCUAAAGAGGAAAUAUACAAUCACCUCAGAGACAAACAACUCAGUAAUGAUGAAGAUGAUAAUAAAUGUAAUUAUGAUACAACAAAGAAUGUUAUUGCACAACGAGAACAAUGCCAUGAAAGUAGUAAAGGGAUAUAUGAUCGACUUUGGGAUGCAAGACGUGGUACAAAUUCAGAUGAAACGUAUCACCAUGCAUUUUCAAUAAUAAGUAAGAGUUCUGUAAAUGAAGAUACAGAAAAAAGAAAACAUGUUUUCGACAGUCCUAAUACUAGUAACCAUAUCUUGAAAAGUGUUCCUGACGUUAGUUAUGAUGAACAGGACAGGAGUAACCUUUGUGAGAAACACCCGGAAGAUCAUACUUACUUUAUUCUUGAACAGAUCUAGAACUAAAAGAAAUUUCAAGCUAUUAUACAUGUGAUUACUGUAAAAACCACCUGUUUAAUCCGUCACUCUGUGAAUUCCGACGUUAAUAAUACAUUUAAUUGUAUCUCAAAUGAAACUGAAA